AUGGUGUGCGAAAAAUGUGAGAAGAAGUUGGUGAAAAUUGCAACACCUGACCCAUGGAAAGCAGGUUCACGAGCUGCGGCAGUGAAAGGGCCGCGUCGGCUAAACGAGAAUAAACUGCUGACGGCGAAGAAAGGUAGGUACAACCCCUACUCCAAGGCUUUCCGUAAAUGUCGCAUCUGUGGACAGAGCGUGCACCAACCAGAAGCGCACUAUUGCCAGUCCUGCGCCUUCAAGAAAGGAAUCUGCGCUAUGUGCGGUGUGCGCCUUGUCAAUACUACUAACUACAAUCAGUGUUCUGUAUGA